AUGGAUCACCUACCCCGCCCAGAAUCGUCCAUUGGUCUUCUUAUGAAAGUGCCCUUCGUCGCGAAGAUUCCCUGGGAUUAUGGGGAUUUCAAAACAUUUCCCAGUAGACAUGGAUUUCCACAAAACAGCGAAGGAGCCAUCGAUGCGAAAAACCACUCUAUUGAAUCUCUUUGCGACUUGAUGCAAUCGUGGCUCUACUUUGACUUUCUCGAAUGUGUGCUCGGGCACAAGAUUGAUCAAGAUAAUUUUGUCAGAACGUCAAGAGACUCAGAAGGAGGAACUCAAUUGCUUGUGGAUUCUACCCCCCUGGAUAGUCUAAUUAAUAGACUCGAAGCGAAGCGAAAAAGGAACUUACGGCGGUUGCCUUUACUCGAUGAAGUAUGGACGGCAACCAAGCAAUUGGAGACCCAAUUAGAGCCCAUUACCGAUACAACAUUGGCUGAAAUCGCGUUUUCUCUCAGGGUUCUUUACUGAACGUGUGCACUUUUUCCUUUUGCUUGGACGAUCAAGAAAGGUCUUUUGAGAUGAAAGGAUGUUCAGGAAUUGGAGCUACCAAUCUACUACAGCGGAUGAAAGCUGUAGGAUGGUGUGAUGCAGAGCUUUCAAGUUUGUGUUUAAAAAAUACUGAAAUCGAGCUUUUCUAUUUUUCGCAGCUUCCUCGACCGAAUACCGCGGGCAUCACCCACGACAACUGCACCAAACUACAGUGCAAAGCCAACAACGUCAAUCAAGGAAACUACACUAAUCGCCAUGUGAAAGAGGGUUGCUCGCGCAAAAUGAUACACGUUCCUCAUGAAGAGCUUGUCGGAAUUUUGAGAAAUGGGCGAAUUCCAGUAGUCCAGAUAGUAGAGACGUGUCAGGGAAACAUUAAACUCGAGGUCAAACCAGCACAAGCGAGCACAAAAUAUACCGCUAUAUGA